AUGAUUGCUAUUGCCGAGAUACCUUGGAACUACUUUACACUACGUCCUAUCAAUCCAUCGGUUGUCAAAGCCUACAAAUAUCCCCAACAACCACAUCCACUGUCAUCACAACAAUCUUCAUUUAUCCGAUCCAACAACAACAACAACAACAACAAACGCUCCAACGAUCCAACAUCAUCAACCUCUUCCAACUCUAGUAGUAAUGACUCUUCCAACAAAGACAAUACCUCUUCAACCGUCUCUGUCAUUAAACUUGGUAAACAAAGAAAGAACAACAACAAUAAUAAUGACAAACAACCCUCAACAAUAAUAACAACCUCUACAACAACAACGUCUGCUAGCAACAACAACAACAACACCCAAAUUUCAAUUGAAAUGCAACCAAUUGGCAGUCCAGUCACAAUCGAUGACAUCAACAACACUAAUACAACAACUACUACUAAUCAAGACAAUGGUACGAUCAGUAGUAGUGAUCCAUGA